AUGAGUGAGUUUUGGUUGUGUUUCAACUGCUGUAUUGCUGAACAGCCUCAGCCUAAAAGACGACGGCGGAUUGACCGAAGCAUGAUUGGGGAGCCAACAAACUUUGUUCACACAGCUCAUGUAGGAUCAGGAGACCUAUUUAGUGGAAUGAAUUCGGUCAGCUCAAUUCAGAACCAAAUGCAGUCCAAGGGAGGCUAUGGGGGUGGCAUGUCUGCAAAUGUUCAGAUGCAGCUCGUAGAUACAAAGGCAGGAUAAGCCUGGGGAAAGCUUUCCAGUUUAUGUGAGUUCCUGUAUCUUCUUUUCCUGUGUCCCCUCUUUUGCCUUGGUGACUGCUUUCUGUGCUCGUGAUGAGAGAAGUGAUGGCUGAUUGUUCACCCUUUGUGAUUACUCCAGUGAAAAGUUGCUGUUCUGCUCUGAUGAUGCCAUUUAUCAGAUUGGUCCGACCGUGCCUUUCGGUGGCAUGCACACAUUGGCCUCUAACAGUAUCGUGGACAUAGAGCUGUUUAAGAUCGUUUUCAGCUUUUAUUUGUUUUAAGGCAAAUUAAAGCACCAACCUGAGCAUCCCUCAUCCCUCACAAAUACUAAUUCUCAGCAUUCUGUUGCUUUUCAGUCUUUAAAUCUUUUCUUCACUCAAGCAAUUUAGAAAUGGGUGAGUUUCCAUUAAUGUCUUCAAUCAUCUAUUGUUCAUACCCAUUUUUGAAAGGUCUGGGACCUGCAAGCACAAAUGAUCAUUUCAUACAAAAUCAGCAGAGUAGAUGACUGCAUGCUUUGUGAGGUUGCUUUGUAUGGUGGCCCGCUUGGUGCUAGAAGAAAAAAAAAAAGAAAUUGCUUAGUGCAGACUGGUGAAAAAUUUUGCUGUGGCACCAAGUCAUGCCUGUUUCUGAAAAAGGACUUGUAACUUAGCUGCUUCAGAAUUAUGUCUUUAUUUUAGUUUUUAUCCAGCUGGUCUUGAAAUAAUAAAGAGAGAGCUUGCAUUCAUGAGGCAUUUGUUGUAAAUGUUCAGUAUAUUUAUUUUGAAAGAGCUGACCUUGAGGCUGUAAACCGGUGUAGUGCUGUUCUAAGUGUUGUGGAAGCGCUUUAGUCUAUUUAAAAAACAAAAGCAUCAUGUUUGGCUGCUGCUUUUUCUUUCUACAAUUUUUCU